CAUUUGAGUAUACAUCAAAAUUGUGUGUAUUAGAAGACUAAAUUCGUUUUCCUUUCUUAUCAGAAAUUGAAUUCUUGGCCUUCGUUUAACUACUUAUUAGAAAAUGUCGAAUAUAAUACGCAAAAUUCUAAAACAAACCAAAGAUUUAACCAACUGGAAAUUUUUAAUCAAAAACAACUUUAAUCUGGCUAAUGUAAUGGGCAACAGUAUGGAUCUAAAGCUGGAGGAGCUGCGUCUGGAGCGCAACGAGCUGGAGGCCCGCUCCAAGGUGCUAUUGCAGCGACAGCGUUGCGUAGAGUCCAUGUUAACAGAUCUGACGAGGAGCAUUAAGCAAAUGGAUUUCGAUAUCGAAAUGAUGCAAAUGCAGAAGCCGGCAGAAGUCACGCCGCAAGAGCAGGCGAGCACAGAACCAACGCGGCCAGAGAAGCGUGAACAAAAAAUAUAGAGAGCCUCAUAAAGUGAGAUAACAAGCAGAGAUCGAGAGAGAGAGAGAGAGGGAAGAGCAAGCAGAAUUAGGCGGUGAUUUUCGUGGUCUUAUCAGUGACAGACGCAAGUUUCUUUGUAUGCAAAACAAAAACCCCGCUCGGUGCUUCACCAGCACAAUGCGAA